AUGGCCACAACGGGGUCUGUUACGAAGGGAUGUUUUGUGUUCAAGACUACAAAGCGAAAAAUAGCCAAACCAGAUGAUUAUUUUGUUCCUGAGAUUAAAGCUCCGGCCAGUUACCGACGUAAGAAGUUAUUUCAGGAGAUUUGGGAGGACAUAAACAAUAAAGUGCAGAUUCUACAAUCAGAAAUGAAUUCCAGGAUUUUUGAUGACUUGUUGGAGUUCAUCAAGACUUCUGGCAGCAGAUUGCAUCAGGCGUCUUCUCCAGGGGGCCAACAAAGACCCGCUCUCAAUGAAAUCCCCACAGCUGCACUCAUAACAGGUGUGAACACCCCCGACCAUGCCGUGAUGUUCUCUAACCUCACCCAGAUGGUCAGGGAGAAGGUCUCGCCGUAUGUCACUGUACUCCGAGCCAAGGAUUGCUCAAACAUCAAGACUAUGCUGACCAAAACCGUCGGACAGUUUAUGAACAUGGCUAGCCUGGACAGUGAUGACGAAGACGGCAUAGGGCCUGGUAAAGUACCCUGCAGCAUAGACGUACUAGCUGAGUGGUAUGCAGAAAAACAGCAGUGUCAACAUUCCCCGUCCAAGAAGAAAAGGACGAGUAGUCCAGACUCCGCCCCAUCCUCCAGUCCUCCCCUGGUGAUUGUGCUAGAGGACCUGGAGAGCUUCACCCCCCAGGUUCUACAGGACUUCCUCAUCAUCUGCAGUAACCACCUACAUCACCUGCCAGUCGUCAUGGUGUUUGGGAUCGCCACAACAGUAACUGCUGUCCAUCGUCUUCUGCCCAAUGCUGUGUCCUCUCUGCUUUGUAUGGAGAAAUUCCAGGCCGCACCAUCCACAGACUAUCUCACACAGAUCAUCAAUCAGUUGUUCCUUACAGACAGAUAUCCGUUUAAACUUGGUGCCAAAGUCUUCCAGUUCCUGCUGGACGCUUUCUUGUUUCAUGAUUUCUCUGUGCUGAACUUUACGAGGGGCUUUCAUUUUGCUAUGAUGGACCAUUUCUACAGCAACCCUGUCAGCUGCCUUUGUUGCCCUCUAGAGGCUGUAGAUAAACAGAUGAAGCAGAUGACCCACGAGGAGUUAGAGGAGAUCAGACAGACAAAUUCCUUUAUGAGAUAUGUUGAAGGCCAGCCUCCCUCCAAACAGGCUGAUUUACUUACUGAUGAUAAGUACACAAAGCAAGUGGUGACAGAAUUAAUACAGGAAAUCUUCAAGUACAACCAGAACUACUACCCGAUGCUACGAUGCAUUCAUGCCAUGGUGUCAGAACUACCCCGCCACCCGCUGGGCAAACAGAUCCGUGAACUGUAUGCGUUGAAUUUAGAUGAUGACUUGUGCAAUAUGGAAAAUUACAAUGAAGCAAAAGAAUUGAUGAGAAUGUUGUCCAGGGAUGAACUGAUGGGGAAACUGUGUUGUUUUUGCCUUUUCCUGUCAGAAAGUACCAAUCUCACGGCAGAAUUAGUUUCUGUUAAAGAUGGAGUCCAGGAUUUCAUACACCAACUGGAAGACAUAGGAAAUCAACCCGAUAUUGAGGAUAUAGAAGCAGAGGAGUCGGAGCCUAAAUCCCUUCCAACAAAGACAAAACUGUAUGAGCUGAGACAGACUCUGCAGGAUUUGGGAAAGAAAAAGAAGCUCUCACCGUAUGAGAAACUCAGGAACCAGAUCAUAGAUUAUAUUGAUUCCCUCGUCAAAAAAUAUUUAGUUUGUCCAAGCUCUCUUCCACUGUGGGAGAUAUUUUAUUACAACCGUGUCAGUGAAGUCAAGCAGCACCUGUCUGCAGCACCACGCGUGGCCAUCCAGACUGCUCUUAGCAACCCACAUCAUUACCUACAGUGUGAGUGUUGUAGCAGUGAGCGAGGUGGGGUGCUCUCCUCCAUGCCUGAUGUGUGUAUAGUGUACAAACUACACCUUGAAUGUGGACAACUAAUCAACCUGUUUGACUGGUUACAGGCCUUUGUAACUGUGAUUACACCACUGGAAGACGAUGAAGAUAGUGAAAAACAGGAGAUAGAUCCAGUCCUGCAAGCCCGGUUUAUCCGAGCUGUAUCAGAGUUACAGUUCCUGGGAUUCAUCAAGCCGACCAAACGGAAGACGGAUCACGUGGCAAGGUUAACUUGGGGAGGGUGCUGAUUGGCCAUAUACAGGGUAGUUAGUCUCUCAGAACAUGAUACUGCUUUGUGAUGUAAGUCCGGACAAGAUGCUGAUUGGCUGUACACAGGAGAGUUAGUCUCUCAGAAGAUCAUACUCCUUGACGACGUUAACCUUG